GAAAAAUUCGAGCUGAGACAGAGCGGAAGCGAGAUUGAUGGGCGAAGAAGCAGACAGGAGUGUUUGAGAGCCCAUCGCUUUUCUUUUCCUGCUCAGACUGAGAGCCAUCUGAGUGGAAGAUCCAUCACUCGAUCCUUAGCUGGAAAUUUCUUCUUUCGAUCUCCAAAAUGUAUACAUGAUAGAGGCCAUAACUAAGGGAAAAUAAAAGCUUCAUUACAUUUCCGCUCUUCCCAUUUCUUUUUCUCUGUUUGGAACCAUGGAAGCAAAUGCAGGAAUGGUUGCUGGUUCUCACAAACGAAACGAGUUCGUUAUGAUUCGGAAGGAAGGAGAAGCUGGGCCCAAGCCCCUCAAGCAUUUGAAUGGCCAAAUUUGUCAGAUCUGUGGAGACACUGUUGGGGUUACUGCCACAGGUGAUGUUUUUGUUGCUUGCAAUGAAUGUGCCUUCCCAGUUUGCCGGCCUUGUUAUGAGUAUGAGCGCAGAGAUGGAAACCAGUCUUGUCCCCAGUGCAAGACUAGGUACAAAAGACACAAAGGGAGUCCUCGAGUGGAGGGGGAUGAUGAAGAGGAUGAUAUUGAUGACCUGGAUAAUGAGUUCAAUUACACCCAUGGAAAUGGCAAGGGAAUGAGGCAGUGGCAGGGAGAUGAUGUUGAGCUUUCUUCUUCCUCUAGGCAUGAGUCUCUACGCUCAAUUCCACUUCUCACCAAUGGGCAACCGGUCUCUGGGGAAAUGCCCAAUGCUACACCUGACAACCAGUCUGUGCGAACUACAACGUCAGGACAUCUAGGAUCUGGUGAAAAGCGUGUCCAUUCGCUCCCUUAUGUCGAUCCAACUCAGCCAGUUCCAGUUAGGAUUGUGGACCCUUCAAAGGAUUUGAAUUCUUAUGGGCUUGGGAAUGUUGACUGGAAGGAAAGAGUUGAAGGUUGGAAACUCAAACAGGAGAAGAAUAUGAAUCAGAUUCCCAGCAGAUACACUGAAGGAAAGGGAGACAUGGAAGGAACUGGUUCAAAUGGGGAAGAUCUGCAAAUUGCUGAUGAUGCUCGCCAACCCUUGCACCGAGUGGUGCCUAUUUCUUCUUCCCAUCUUACUCCCUAUCGUGUUGUGAUCAUACUCCGCCUUAUCAUCUUGGGGUUCUUCUUGCAAUACCGUAUUACCCAUCCUGUGAAUGAUGCUUAUCCAUUAUGGCUUACAUCAGUUAUUUGUGAGAUCUGGUUUGCUUUGUCUUGGCUUUUGGAUCAGUUCCCAAAAUGGUAUCCUGUUGAACGUGAAACAUACCUUGAUCGGCUUGCACUGAGGUAUGAUCGAGAAGGGGAACCUUCACAGCUUCCUCCCAUAGAUAUCUUUGUUAGUACGGUGGACCCUCUCAAAGAGCCCCCUCUUGUAACAGCAAACACUGUGUUGUCCAUACUUGCUGUGGAUUAUCCUGUCGACAAGGUCUCAUGUUAUGUUUCAGAUGAUGGGUCUGCAAUGUUGACUUUUGAAGCUCUCUCUGAGACAUCGGAGUUUGCAAGAAAGUGGGUGCCCUUCUGUAAGAAGCACAAUAUUGAGCCCAGGGCACCUGAAUUCUACUUUGCCCAGAAGAUAGAUUACUUGAAGGACAAAAUUCAGCCUUCUUUUGUGAAAGAACGCAGGGCAAUGAAGAGGGAGUAUGAAGAGUACAAGGUACGAAUCAAUGCCCUUGUUGCAAAAGCACAGAAAAUGCCUGAAGAAGGUUGGACAAUGCAGGAUGGCACUCCUUGGCCUGGAAAUAACCCUAGGGAUCAUCCUGGCAUGAUUCAGGUAUUCUUAGGUCACAGCGGAGGUCUUGAUACUGAUGGAAAUGAGCUACCUCGACUUGUUUAUGUUUCCCGUGAGAAGCGACCAGGAUUCCAACAUCACAAAAAAGCUGGAGCAAUGAAUGCUUUGAUUCGAGUAUCAGCUGUCCUGACCAAUGGUGCCUAUCUUCUUAAUGUUGAUUGUGAUCACUAUUUUAAUAACAGCAAGGCUCUUCGAGAAGCCAUGUGCUUUAUGAUGGAUCCUGUACUUGGAAAGAAAACCUGUUAUGUUCAGUUCCCACAGCGAUUUGAUGGGAUUGAUUUGCAUGAUCGAUAUGCCAACCGCAAUAUUGUCUUCUUCGAUAUCAACUUGAAAGGUUUGGAUGGCGUCCAGGGCCCAGUCUAUGUGGGGACAGGAUGUUGUUUCAAUAGGCAAGCUCUCUAUGGGUAUGAUCCUGUCUUGACUGAGGUUGACUUGGAACCUAACAUUAUUGUCAAGAGUUGUUGUGGUUCAAGAAAGAAAAAAGGUGUGAACAAGAAGUAUAUUGAUAAGAAGCGGGCAGCUAAAAGAACUGAGUCAACCAUUCCCAUUUUCAAUAUGGAAGAUAUUGAAGAGGGUAUAGAAGGAUAUGAUGAUGAAAAAUCGCUUCUUAUGUCUCAGAAGGCCUUAGAAAAGCGGUUUGGACAGUCCCCAGUUUUUAUUGCAUCCACUUUCAUGGAACAGGGAGGUAUUCCACCAUCAACCAAUCCUGCAACUUUGCUAAAAGAAGCUAUCCAUGUGAUUAGCUGUGGUUAUGAGGACAAAUCUGAAUGGGGCAAAGAGAUUGGGUGGAUCUAUGGCUCUGUUACUGAAGAUAUCUUAACUGGGUUUAAGAUGCAUGCUCGAGGAUGGGUUUCAAUUUAUUGCAUGCCACCGCGCCCAGCAUUCAAGGGGUCUGCCCCCAUCAAUCUUUCUGAUCGUCUGAAUCAAGUUCUUAGGUGGGCCUUGGGAUCAAUUGAAAUCCUGCUGAGCAGGCAUUGCCCUAUAUGGUAUGGUUAUAAUGGGAGACUGAAGUUGUUGGAGAGACUGGCAUACAUAAACACUAUUGUUUAUCCUAUCACCUCCAUUCCACUGAUUGCCUACUGUGUACUUCCAGCAAUCUGCCUUCUUACAAAUAAAUUUAUUAUUCCUGAGAUAAGCAACCUCGCUAGCAUGUGGUUUAUUCUGCUCUUUAUUUCUAUCUUUUCAACUGGAAUUCUGGAGCUCAGAUGGAGUGGGGUUGGGAUUGAGGACUGGUGGAGAAACGAACAAUUCUGGGUCAUUGGUGGUACAUCUGCACACCUUUUUGCUGUCUUCCAAGGGUUGUUAAAGGUUCUUGCUGGAAUUGAUACCAACUUCACUGUCACAUCCAAAGCAUCUGAUGAUGAUGGGGAGUUCGCGGAGCUGUAUGUUUUCAAGUGGACAUCACUUCUGAUACCACCAACAACUGUCCUUAUCAUAAACUUUGUGGGCAUUGUUGCAGGUGUCUCAUAUGCCAUAAACAGUGGGUACCAGUCCUGGGGUCCCCUUUUUGGCAAGUUAUUCUUUGCCAUAUGGGUUAUUCUCCAUCUCUACCCAUUCCUCAAGGGUUUGUUGGGUCGGCAAAACCGUACACCCACAAUCGUCAUUGUUUGGUCCAUUCUCCUGGCUUCCAUCUUCUCCUUGCUUUGGGUGCGUAUUGAUCCCUUCACCUCCGAUGCUACAAAAGCUGCUGCGAAAGGUCAAUGUGGCAUCAACUGUUAGUUUCCUUUGAAAUCAAUGUCUGAGGUAACUCCUUUGAUCUCCCUUCCGCCCGCUUUUGUGUAAAUAUCAAGACAUUAGACCAGCAUGUGAGAAUGUGAGUUAAUUUAUGUAGUAGUUUCCAUCUGAAGGGGGGAAAUUCAGGGUUGAAUGAGAGAUAGCCUUUUGCUCAUGCUAUGUUUUCACGUGGGUCCUAUAAGGAAGGUUAAGCAGGGCAUCAUCAAAGUCGAAUAUGAUUUCGUAUAUUUUUUUUUUGUUGUGCAGUAUUUUGAUUAUUGUACUUGUCAUUUGUCAAGAACACAUCAAUUCAUGGCUGUGAUCUCUUCAUAAACAAAUCCGGAUGUAUUGCAAAAGAUCCAAGAGACUGUAGAAUAAAAUUUGUGUGGUUAUUUUGUCAUGAAA